GUCUCACCGUCUCCGUCUCUCUCUCUUUCUCUCCCUCUCCCAACUCUCGAGGUGAAACCCUAGAUUGUAAGUUUCUUUAGUUGAAGAAGUUUCUCGUGUACGACUGGUUUCUUGAAGAACUUCAAGUCUGGUUCAAUUAGAAAACUCAGUUUCUUGAAUUACUGCCUCUGUAAUUCUUAAUAUUGAAGAUGGCUAAACAUUAUCUGUGGGUUUUACUUGGUACAAUUCUCUUCUCGACAAUUCUGAUACUUCAAGCUUCUGCAUUAACUGAUCCAUCUGACGAUGGAUGGAUGGAAACUCAAUGGAGGGGAUCCCUGUGAGGAGUCAUGGAAAGGGAUCUCAUGCUCUGGAUCCUCCGUUAUGUUCAUUAAAAUAAAUGGACUAGAGCUAAAUGGGAGUCUAGGAGGGAAUCUCUUCAGCCUCUUUAAUUUGAAGCAGUUGGAUGUUAGCUGCAAUCACAUAGAGGGAGAAAUUCCUUCAUCUUUACCUCCAAAUGCCACACAUAUAGACUUGUCAUUCAACAAUUUCAAUCAGAAUAUUCCUUUCUCCCUGACGUCAAUGAAAUAUCUGCGGCAUUUGAAUCUAUCUCACAAUUCCUUAUCGGGGCCAGUUGGCAAUGUGUUUAUGGGUCUUCCGAAUCUAAAACAAAUGGAUCUAUCAUAUAGCAACUUCACUGGAGAUCUCCCAAGCUCCUUUGGAAGUUUGACGAAUCUUACUGGAUUAUUCCUACAGAAUAACCAAUUCACAGGAUCAGUAGUCUUUCUAGCUUAUCUCCCACUCACUGAUCUCGACAUUCGAAAUAAUCACUUCAGUGGUGUUAUUCCUAAGCAAUUUGAAAAUAUACCGAAUUUAUGGAUCAGCGAAAAUGCAUUCCAAAUAGGAGCUGACUACCCUCCGUGGAGCUUCCCAACUGACACUAUCCCAACUGAUCAGAAUGUCGAGAACUUCCCGAAAGCUCAGUCAAAUGCAAUUGAGAACUAUCCUGCUCCCAGAGAAGGUAAACAGAAGCAAAAAAAAUUGACUCCUGGAGCAAUAGCAUUUACAGUCGGUGGAGUAGCUCUAGUGGCAACCUGCGCAGCAGCCCUCCUUGCAAUCCAAAUCAAAAUAUCUCAGCUUUGCAAGCUUGAAAACUUGGAGAACAACCAUAACGGAUAUCAUACCCCAGUCAGUACAGCCACGGUAAUAGAAUCUUCCUUUGCUGAAUCAGAAGAGCACCUAAGCUUGAUGAUGGUUGCAUCUCCUCCUGUUCCCCGUCUAAGGCGUGCAGCAUCUGUUCAUUUUAACCAGACAGAAGAUUUUAACAGAAGAAGACAAAGCAGAAAUCAACCAGUUGCUAAAACGCACACUUUCUCAGAGCUACAGUUGGCUACAAACAGCUUCUGCAAAGAUAAUCUUCUAGGAGAGGGCUCCAUUGGUUCUGUCUACAAGGCCCAGCUCACUGAUGGCCAGAUUUUUGCUGCAAGGGUUGUUGAUACAGUAUCAUUAUCUCUUCACGAGGAGGAACAUUUCUUCAAUAUCAUUCAGAAUGUUGCCCCUCUUAGACACCCAAAUAUUGUAACGCUCACUGGCUAUUGUAUGGAAAACGGGAAACAUAUUCUUGUUUGUGAGUAUGUCAAAAAUUGGUCACUUGAGAAUGAGCUUCACUACAAUGACCAACAUCGGCUUCCAUGGCAUGUUCGCUUGAAUAUUGCACUUGGUAUUGCCCGUGCCCUGGAUUACUUACACUCUACAAGUUCCCCUCCUGUUGCUCACAACAACUUGAAGGCUGCAAAUGUCUUGCUUGAUGAUGAAUUCAUGCCUCGUCUAUGUGACUCUGGUCUGGCUGUUUUAAAGCCCUUUACUGGUAAUAAUACUAAGCUUAAGGCCUCUGAACUGGCAAUUAGUUACUUGGGCUAUAGUACUCCAGACAACGGUCCAGGGAGGGUGGAUAACCCGAAGGGUGACAUCUUUGCCUUUGGGGUGAUUCUUUUGGAACUUCUGACCGGAAGGAAACCUUUUGACAGUACAAGAACAAAAAGGGAACAAUAUCUGGUGAGAUGGGCAUCGUAUCGCAUGCACAAGUAUGAAGAUUUGGUAGAGAUGGUUGAUUCCAGAAUUGUCUGUGACUUGUCUUCUAAGGUUCUCUCUCAGUUUGCUGAUAUAGUCACUCUCUGUAUUCAGCCAGAAGCAGGGGUCAGGUCGAGAAUGUCAGAGAUUGUAGAGAGUUUAGUUGGUAUUGUCGGAUGUGCAGAAAUUUACAGGAACUGUCCAUUGUACCCCCGACCGCCUAAAAUUCCAGGGCCACGACCAUCCCCGACUCAGCGGCUAAAACAGGCAGCUGGGACCCAUCGGAAGAAAUCCCAUUUUCCGGGUCUCACUAUAUCUUGGAGCCCACCGCCUGUGCCUGUUAUAAGCAAGGGUGAUCGACUUUUCAAAAAUCACAGACAUCAGCCACGUUUUUGGGCUGGAUCUGGAAGCUGACUCACUGCAGAUUCAAGCCCCACCACUACAUAGGCUGGGUAAUGUUUACAAGUUGAGGCCCAUAGAGGCAGAGGUUUGGGUGUUGAUACGUGGUGAACUCUUGCUCGAUAUUUGAUUAUUUUUUGCUUUCUUUGUAAUCUCGAACUUCAGCUCUUUAUCUUAGCGUUUUUUCAAUUUAAAGUACAAACUUCAAUACGUUUGCUAAUAGUAAUUCGGCGUUUACUGAAAACGAAAUCGCCUAAUGUCCCCUUUGUAAUUCGAACUGUAUAAAUCAAAAUAAGUGAAAUCAAUGUAUUUCUCUUUCGGGGAGGACCAAAUGUUGGUCGAACUUUCAAGCUUGCUCAUUCUCACAAAAUCUCUAGCUCUAUACAAACUGGCUGAUAUUACUUACUACUAAGUAGAUUGGGAUCCUCAUGUUAUUAAGGCAGGAAUUUAAAGUUAGAAAUUCUCAACCCGAGUAAUUUCAAUCCUAACUUACUGGAAUGUGUAUCUAAACAGAAGUUUGACUGAAGAGUUCGUUGGAGUAGAAAAAGAAUUUGAGAAGUUUUAGAAUUUAUUCAAAUUGAGAAAGUCGUUUCCUGGUUUUUUCGGAAUACCUUAUACAAAAGGAACAAAGACCCAACAAUAUAUAUAUAUAUAUUCUUUCCAGUUUACGAGAUAGAAGCCCUGAAA